GCGCAUGCGCGGGGCGAGGCGGGGCGGGGCCAUGGCGGCGCUGCGGGCGCUCGUGCAUGACUUCGUGUCCGGGCUGCAGGACGGGCCCGCGCCCGAGGUGGCGGCAGGGCUGCGCGCCGGGAGCUGGACGGCGCUGGACGUGGUGGAGGCGCUCGGGUCGUCGCUGGAGCACCCGGAGCCGCGCACACGCGCCCGCGGGCUGCAGCUGCUGGGCCAGGUCCUGCUGCGCUGCCACGGCGCCCUGCGCCACGCGGAAGUGACGCACCUGGUGCUGUUCUUCGAGGCGCGCCUGAAGGACCAUCACCUGGUGAUCCCCGCCGUGCUGCACGGCUUGCACGCGCUGAGCCUGAGCGAGGCGCUGGCCCCGGGCCUGGCCGUGUCGGUGCUCAAGGCCAUCUUCCAGGAGGUGCACGUGCAGUCGCUGCUGCAGCUGGAUCGGCACACGGUCUACACCAUCAUCACCAACUUCAUGCGGACGCGGGAGGAAGAGCUGAAGAGCCUCGGCACCGACUUCACCUUCGGCUUCAUCCAGGUGAUGGACGGCGAGAAGGACCCGCGCAACUUGCUGGUUGCCUUCCAGAUCGUCCGCGACCUCGUCCUCAAGGGCUACGCGCUCGGCCCCUUUGUGGAGGAGCUGUUUGAGGUGACGUCCUGCUACUUCCCCAUCGACUUCACCCCGCCCCCCAACGACCCCCACGGCAUCCAGCGGGAAGAUCUGAUCGUCAGCCUCCGCGCCGUGCUGGCCUCCACGCCCCAGUUCGCUGAGUUCCUUUUGCCGCUUCUCAUCGAGAAAAUGGACUCGGAGCUGCAGAGCGCCAAGCUGGACGCCGUGCAAACCCUGAGUGCCUGCUGUGCCAUCUACGGGCCCAAGGAGCUGCAAGAGUUCCUGCCCAGCCUUUGGGCUUCCCUGCGUCGGGAGGUGUUCCAGACAGCGAGCGAGAAGCUGGAGGCAGAGUGCCUGGGUACACUGACAGCACUGGCCGCCUGCCUGUCCCACGCCGUGCUCCACGCCGACACCCACGACCCGCUGGACACCUUUCUCAGUGGUGUGCUGCAAGACUGCCGGCACCACCUGUGCGAGCCUGACAUGAAGCUGGUGUGGCCAAGUGCCAAGCUGUUGCAAGCCGCAGCCAGCGCCUCACUCCGGGCCUAUCACCACAUCGCUGGCAGCGUCCUGCCCCUGCUGCUGGAGCAGUACAACCAGCACCCCCAGGGCUGUAACCCGGGCCCGGUCUUGGCUCCUGUGCAGAGCAGCCAGCGGAGGACGAUCCUGGAGAUGCUGCUGGGCUUCCUGGAGCUGCUGCAGAAGUGGGGGCACGAGGAGGGCGACGAGACCGUCCUGCUGGGCGUCCGUGCCCCGCUGUGCUCCGUGGUGUUCUCGGCACUGACGGACCCCAGCGUGCAGCUGCAGAUAGUGGGUGUCCGGGCCCUGACCGUGCUGGGCGCGCUCCCAGGGCUUUUGGUGGCCUCAGACCUGGACUUAGCUGUGGACCAUUUGACACGACUCGUUCUCCAUGAGGAGGAUCCCCAGAGCAGCAUGGCAGCGAUGGAGGCCGCAGGCACCCUGGCACCUGCCCACCCUGGGGCCUUCACAGACCACAUGGUGCGGGCACUGGCACAGGAGCUGCAGACAGAGCGGGAGGAUGAGGGCACCCGGCACCAGCGCUGCCUACAGGCUUUGGCUGCUGUGUCCACCCACCCCAGCAUUGUGCGUGAGACCGUCCCCGUCCUGCUGCAGCAUCUCCGCCACCUGCAGAGAGGCAGCGAGCCAGGGGACACUGGGAAAACGGCAUCGCUGUGCCGCAGCCUGCACCGCGUGGCUGUGCAGAGCCAGCACGACCCCGAGAGCUGCAGCUUCUACCACCAGGCCGUGGUGCCUUGUCUGCUGGGCCUGGCCCUGCAGGCUGCCCUGCAAGAGGAUGCUCUCCUGGCGCCAGGCAAGGCGCUGCUGGAGGAGGAGGCUUUGACCUCCAUGGUGCCCGUCAUCAGCGCCGCCAGCACCCACCUGAGCCCCGAGCUGGCGGUGCAGAGCGCGGCGCUCAUAGUGCCCCUUUUCCUGGACGGGGACGUCUCCUUCUUACCCCAGAACAGCUUCCCCUGCUCUUUCCAGCCCUUCCAGGAUGGGCCCUGCUUAGCAGCGCAGAGACGUCUGGUCACCCUGCUCAUGGCCUUCAUCUGCUCCCUGCCCAGGAACGUGCCCGUCCCCCAGCAGGACCGGCUGCUGCGGGAGCUGCUGGCCCUGAGCUGCGCCUGUGACUGCCCCUUUGCUGCCACGGCUGCCGCUAAGUGCUUUGCGGGACUGGUGAACAAGCACCCAGAAGGGCCGCAGCUGGACGAGGUGCUGCAGCUGGCGCUGAACCGGCUGGAGCCGGGCCUGGCCGAGGGUCCCCGCCGCACCCAGGCCCUCGGCCUGCUCCUCUGGGUGACCAAGGCUCUGGUGCUGCGCUACCACCCGCUGAGCUCCCGCCUGACGGACAAGGUGCUGGCGCUGCUGGGGGAUGCAGAGCUGGGCCCGGCGGCAGCUGAGGGGCUGGGGCUCCUGCUGGGCGAUGCACCUGAUGUGCUGCACCGCGGCUGCCACGCCGACGUGCGCCUCAUGUACCGCCAGCGCUUCUUCACCGACAACGUGCCCCGGCUGGUGCAGGGCUUCCACGCUGCCCACUCCGAUGUGAAGGCUAACUACUUGAAGGGGCUGUCGCACGUGCUGAACCACCUGCCCAAGCCCGUGCUGGUGACGGAGCUGCCCACGCUGCUGCCACUGCUGCUGGAGGCACUGUCAUGCCUGGACCGCGGGGUGCAGCUCUCCACCCUGCGCUGCCUGCAGCCCCUGCUGCUCGAGGCCCCGCGCGCCCUGAGCCCGCACGGCGACACGCUGGUCACCAAGUUCCUGAGCCUCACUGACAGCCCCGCCAUGGCUGUCCGCAUCGCGGCCCUGCGCUGCAUCCAUGCGCUCACUAGCCUGCCCGCCCCGGGGCUGCUCCCAUACAAGGCGCGGGUGAUCCGGGCCCUGGCCAAGCCCCUGGACGACAAGAAGAGGCUGGUGCGGAAGGAGGCAGUGGUGGCGCGUGGGGAUUGGUUCCUCCUGGGCAGCCCGGGCAGGUGAGGCCCCCGCCCGUGCCACCCCCUGCACGACUGACAAUCGCACCCCACGCCUGGCCCGGCCGUGCCGCCAGUGCCACCAAGCUAACCCAACCCGCUUCCUGCCGGGACCAGAGGGCAGCACCUUCGCUGUGCCCACCCUGCACCCAGGAGCCCCCGCCACACAGGAGGGAGCAGGCAGGGCCCAGGCACGUGUCGCACUCCACAUGCCACCAGAAUAAACACGUGUGUUUUGGUA